UUGUCGUGUGUACCUACUAAGUCUGUGUGUUGCUGUCAUAACUAUAACCUAAAGAAACUUAAUUUAUUUAAAUUAUUUUACAAAAAUGGAAUUAAACGAAAGGAUUUUACAUAGACUUGAAAAAAGUAAUACAGUAGACACUUUACAAUUAGCUAGAGAAUAUAAUGAAGACCAUCAGAAAAUAGUAGGAGCAGUGAAAAGUUUAGAAGCACUUGAGAUGGUCACUUCAGAGGCUGUAAAAAAUACCCGAUGGGAGCUGACUGAAGAAGGUCAGUCGGUAGCUACCAAUGGCAGCCAUGAAGCUGUUCUAUACCGGAAUGUUCCAGACUCUGGUAUAACACAAGCUGAACUCUUGAAGAGUGGACCAAAUGCAAAAGUUGGUUUCAGCAAAGCAAUGUCAUCAGGAUGGAUAUUAAUAGAUAAAUCAGGUGGAGCACCACUUGUCAAACGUAAAGUUGAAACCAUUACCGAUACAGUACAAGAGCAUUUAAUUGAAAUUAAAAAAGGCAUUGAUAAUCUACCUGCCAAUAUUAGGAAUGAUUACAAGAAGCGGAAACUACUCCAAGAAGUUACGGUUAAGAGUUUCUUGCUUUCAAAAGGGCCACAAUUUGCUACUACAAUCAAGAAGCUAGAAACAGAUUUAACAACUGAAAUGUUACUAACUGGAUCAUGGAAAACAUUGCAGUUCAAACCAUACAACUUUGAUGCGUUAGGACAACCACCUGAAUGCGGGCACCUGCAUCCUCUAUUGAAAGUUCGUUCUGAAUUCAGGGAGAUCUUUUUAGAGAUGGGUUUCACUGAAAUGCCAACUAACCAAUAUAUUGAGAGUUCCUUCUGGAAUUUCGAUGCUCUUUUCCAACCUCAACAACAUCCAGCUAGGGAUGCUCAUGAUACCUUCUUCAUGCUGAGUCCUCCCACCACUACAAAUUUUCCUAUGGACUACUUGGAAAGGGUUAAAAGAGUCCACAGUGAAGGUGGCUAUGGUUCUCAGGGCUACCGCUAUAAUUGGAAGAUAGAAGAGGCGCAGAAGAAUUUGUUGCGAACGCAUACCACCGCAGUUAGCGCGCGCAUGCUCUAUAAGCUGGCACAGCAGAAGGAGUUCACGCCACAGAAGUAUUUCAGUAUUGAUAAGGUAUUCCGAAACGAGACAUUAGAUGCGACGCAUUUGGCCGAGUUUCAUCAAGUGGAGGGCGUAGUGGCAGGUCGAGGGCUAGGCUUGACUGACCUUAUAGGCACUUUAGAUGCUUUCUUCCGUCGUCUCGGCUUCGAUCGGCUACAGUUCAAACCGGCCUACAAUCCAUAUACAGAACCCAGCAUGGAGAUAUUCGCGUUCCACUCAGGACUCGACAAAUGGAUAGAAAUCGGAAACUCUGGUUUGUUCCGACCUGAGAUGUUGCUACCUAUGGGUCUGCCUGAAGAUGUGAACGUUAUAGCAUGGGGACUUUCUCUAGAACGGCCUACUAUGAUCAAAUAUGGUCUAGACAACAUUCGUGACUUGGUUGGACCUAAAGUGGACCUACAAAUGGUCCAGAAUAAUCCUAUAUGCAGACUUGAUAAGUAGCUUAAGUUAAUAAAAUUAUAAAUUUGAAGUUGUG